CCGCUAGUCACAGUGUGGCCGGCGCGCGCGCAUCCCGCUCGACGUACCGCGUUCCAAAAAUAUCAACAGUCGGCCCGGCCGCGUUCCCAUGCCAUGUUCCCCGCGUGAACAAACUCCUUGUUACGAAUUGCAAUUUUUACAACAGUUAUCGUCGCUUAUUGAUAUAGUGUUGGAAAUUAUCGAUAUCGCAUGUGCAGUGCAAUUUUGAGUGCAUCACGUCACACCGAUGCUGCGAUGUCACCAACCGCCAUCGGCGGUGACUUGCCCCAGUGGUGUGGCAAGACAGAGGGCUGCCCUCAAGCCCUGCUAGGCUGGCUCUACCUGACCCACGAUCAGAACGAUCAGUGGGUACCGGGAUCAGUAUGGGGUCCACUACCGACCGCCGCGACGGGCUCCACGCACCAGGCAGACGAUACCAGCUCGCUGGCAGAACAGCUGACAGCGCUCUCCCUCCGACGUCCCCCGCGACCCCCGCCCCCGGCUUACAUGUGCCACUUGUGCUUCAAGAAAGGACACUACAUUGGAGAUUGUCCACAGGCCCGACCGAAAGGCGAAGGUUUGACACCAUACCAAGGCAAGAAACGUUGUUUCGGCGAGUACAAGUGUCCAAAGUGCAAACGCAAGUGGAUGAGCGGUAACUCUUGGGCCAAUAAUGGACAAGAGUGCAUCAAGUGUCGUAUUAACGUAUUUCCUCAUAAGCAGAGACCUUUGGAAAAACCCGACGGCCUGGAUGUCAGCGAUCAGUCAAAGAUCCACCCCCAGCAUCUCUGCCAGAAAUGUCGUUCGUUGGGUUAUUACUGCCGUCGUGAAUAUUAACUUUCAUAAAGUUUUUAUUUACAUUUACACAGUAAAUGAUGAUGAUGAGUGGUUCGGCGUACUAUUUCUCAAGAUCAGACAGUUAAAAUCUAUGAAAUAUAUUUAAUCUUGCAACCUUUACGGCUUCCAACAUGGAAUUAGAUAAUAUUUACGUGCAAAACACUCUCAUGCAACCACAUGGAUAUUAGUGCGUAAAUUCAUGAAUACAACAGAUUUAAGUUUACCCAAUUAAACCAGCAGUCUUCAACACACAAAAUUGUUUCGCGUACUUACUCCGCUUGUGAACACGUUUUUGUACUUUUAUCCAUGGAACUAAAACCUGUAUUUUUCUUUAUUACCGUAAUGCCGAUGUAUUGGACAGGCUUUAUCCUGUUCAGAUUUUGAUUGAUUGUUUUGGCUUCUCAAUAGUUUUGUUUAUCGUUUAUUAGCAUCUAACAUGUUAUAGCCGAGUACUGACUCAUUCUGAUUGUCCCCUAUUAUUUCGUCGUCUAAAUUUAUAUUUAUUUUAUCAAAAGGGCUGUUUGCUUUUGUCGCGUCAUUAUGAUAUCCAACGCGCUCCAUUUUCCUUUUACUCUUAAUACAAACUAUCAAUACUUCCCUAAAAAUGUUUGCUAAAUAAAACCCUUAAAUACCCGUAAAUGACAGUGAUAAUGCUUGACCAGAUAUUUCAUAAUAACCAUUCUCACUAACUUUUAUAUGGUAAUUUUCGUAAGAGUUCCAUUGUCAUAUUGGACAUACUCUGAGAUGAUGUUAAUAUUAUACCCGAUAGAAUACUAACUCUAAUAAUUCAAU